AUGGAGUGGACACAAUAUUCGGGACAUGAGCAAUUUUCCGCUUAUUUUAUGUCACAGCAGCAGCUCAGUCGCCACCAAACGGUAGCAAUGGGUGACGAGUAUGAACAGCUUGGACCACCGUUGGGAGAGAUUCCACCACCUCCUCCUCCUCUGGAUCAACCAUUCCAGAUACCUCCACCUCCUCCUUACCCGCCGCCGCCAGCACCACCGCCACCGCCACCACCACCGCCACCUCCACCACCACCACCACCCCCUCUGCCUCCACCACCUCCGCAACUGGGUUCAGCAGAAAAACCAGUUGCACUGUCGGCGGAAAAACAGAAAUCUGCAGAACGGUCGGCAGAAAGAGUGGAGAAAGAAAAAGCCAGAAAAAAGAAGAAAAAAAAUGGGAAAAGACGUCGUGACGACGAUGAAGAAAGUACAACCCGGCGAUAUGUGAUGUGCUGGAUGAUCAAUAUUUUUGUCUUCAUAGUUUUGGUUGGUGCUGUUAUUGGAGGAAUAGUGGUUCUACACUUGGUAGACAUAAUCAAUUGGUUUCCGUUUAUAAAGAAGUGGUUCAAGAAAUGA